CACGAAACUGCACACGACGCAGGCACUCGGCCUGCCGUGUGUCCCUUUCGGCCUUCAUAGGCGCACUUCUCCCUCCCGCUCUCGCGCCGCCGCCCUCGUGCGUUUGAGCGAGAUCCAUACAUCCCCAUCCCAUUUUGCACCCGGAUUGGCUUCUUCUUCUACUACUGUACAGCACUUCUUUUGUGUGGCUGCAAAGUUCUGUAAUUCUAGAGGAGCAAGAUGGAUAUUAUUAUCAUCAUCUCACUUGUCAUUCUUUUGGCACUAGGAGCUCUCUUUGUGAUCCCAAAGUCACAAAAUAAAGGUAAAUCAAAGAGAAACGACUUAGGAGCUGGAACGACAUCUAGGAGCUUUACGACAGAAGAGAUCUCUAAACAUUCCACAAGGAAGGACUGUUGGAUCAUUAUCAAGGACAAGGUCUAUGAUGUCACUCCUUAUGUAGAGGAACAUCCAGGCGGAGAUGCCAUUCUAAAUAAUGCUGGGGGUGAUUCCACGGAGGGCUUUUUUGGGCCACAGCAUGGCACUAGGGUCUUCGAUAUCAUCGAGGAUUUCUGCAUCGGUCAGUUGAAGGCUUCAUGAUGAUGACAGGAUAGUUUGUAUUGAAUUUAUUACGGGACAUAAAUUUGUGAGAAGCUACAUUUUAUCUAUGUUUGAGCAUUGCGACCAUCGAGCAUAUGAAUGCCAGUAUAAUUGUUCCACAACUGUUAUUAGGCCUGCCCUGAGCUGUGAUGUAGGAGAUCGUUUUUUUUCCCCUCUGAUGGGGCAAUGUGAGCUGUUCGACCACUGGUUGUUGUGCUUGCACAUUUCUGUUGUUGGACAAGACUGAAACGUUUUUUUCCCAAUUGUUUUGUUUAAAUCA